AUUCAGGGACAUAAAGGAGUGGAAAGACACGCUGAAGUCAGUGGACUGACUGACCGACGAUAUUUUAAGAGUAACUUUAUCGACAGUGGAAGAUGAAGACGCUACUGCUGCUGUGUCUGUGUGUGACCGCCACCUGGGCUCAGAAUCUGGAUUACGACGACUAUUCGGACACCAAUAGAGCAUCACCAACUAACGCGACAACCGUAGAUGCUCGUGGUCACCGUCCAGUAACGAGGGGCAGAGACAGCUACAGCGCCAGCCGCUAUGCCCCGCCCCCGAUCAGUGGCGGCGCCAGGUACCGCGGCCGCCCAGUCCCAGCUCCAGUCGGAGGACAACAGGUGCAGGAGAAGGAGAAGCAGCCGGAUGAAGGAGGAUGUACUCACGCUGCCGAGGAGAUGGGUGUUUUGUGUCCCACUGGCUGCGACCUGAAGAUCACACUGCUGAAGCAAGAGAGGAACGUCAGAACGAGCAUUAGUGAACUCAAGCCUCAGGUGGACGAUUUGUCCCGAUCCUCCAACAGCAUCUACACCUACAUCACCAAAGUAUCCGACUCUCUGACGGAGAGGCAGAGAGUCGUCAACGACAACAACAGAGUGGUCAGUCGGUACACCGAUCGAGUGGAGGAACAACACGCCUACAUCAAGGAGACGGUGGACACCCUCUUCCCCUCCAACAUCAGAGUGCUACAGGGGGUCCUGGACAAGAUCAGGCUGAAGAUCCAGAAGCUGGAGAAGGCCGUUCAGAGCCAGACGGAGGUGUGCAAGGAACCGUGCAAGACCAAAUGUCCCAUACCGGUGGUGUCUGGUAAGGAGUGUGAGGACAUCUUCCGUCGUGGAGGAAGAGACUCCCAGAUGUACAUGAUCCAGCCCGACGUCUUCUACCCUUCGUACAGGGUGUUCUGUGAUCAGACCACUCAGAAUGGAGGAUGGCUUCUCAUCCAGAACAGGCUCGAUGGCAGUGUCGACUUCGGCAGACGCUGGGAUGAAUAUCGACGCGGUUUCGGCAACAUCGCAUCCGAUUCUGGCAAAGGUCACUGUCAGACUCCAGGGGAGUACUGGCUGGGCAAUGACCACAUUAGUCAGGUGACGAAGAUGGGACCAACUGAGGUUCUCAUUGAGAUGGAGGACUGGACAGGAACCAAGGUCCACGCCCAGUACAGUCAGUUCACCAUCCAAUCGGAGACGUCCAACUACGUGAUGGCGGUCGACGGCUACUCCGGCAACGCCGGCAACUGUUUCCUGGAGGGAUCCACGGAAUUGUUCGGUGAAAACCGCACGAUGACCAUUCACAACAGCAUGAUGUUCAGCACCUUUGACAGAGACAACGACAACUGGACCCCCGGGGAUCCCACCAAACAGUGCGCCAGGGAGGACGGAGGCGGCUGGUGGUACAACCGCUGCCACUCGGCCAAUCCCAACGGCCGCUACUACAUGGGUGGAGCCUACACGCAGCAAAUGGCCAAGCACGGCACGGACGACGGCGUGGUGUGGAUGAACUGGAAGGGGAGCUGGUAUUCGCUCAAGGCCAUCAGCAUGAAGAUCAGGCCAUUCUUCGUUCCCAGCUAAUCGCAUCGGAGAGAGCGUCAACACACACAUAACACAUACAGGAAACUGCCAAAAUAAAAGACACCAAAGUAGCUUCUAACGUCCGAACUAAUAUUCAAGUGUGUUCUUUAUUUUAGCUGUAACCUUUAUGUUGAUGGACACACACAUUUACACACAACUAACAGAGUCUGGGCCUGUGCUAUUAAAAAACAAACAAAUAACAUGCACCAUUAAAACGUAAAAAUAAAGUGAAACAAGAAAUAGUCUACAGAUAAAGAGAAACAUCGUAUUGGUUGUGAGUGAAUGUGCUGUGAUCUCUCUUGUAAUGUGUGAUGUAUUCAGUGUCUUCAGUGUCCACUGCUAGGACGAGUUGAUCACAACUGUCCUCCGCUACUCAAUAAACACAUUGAGGAACAUA